UCUGAUUCCUCUUGCGGCGGCUCAGAGUUGUUUCUUCUCUUGUUAGGAUAAAUGGCUUUCAGAUUCUGGUGUGCGCGUUGAAUGUGGGCCGGACGCUGAAAGGUAUUGGACACACAUGUGGAUAGCCCAUCUCCUAUUUCUGAACGUCAGUCACUUGGAUCACUACAGAAACCCCAACGGUGCGCACCGGAUCUAUCUCAUCCUCCUCAUCCUCGGGUGACCUCUUGCGCUUGAGAACGACAGAUUCCAGAUCGGGGAUCGGGGCGGAGGGUGAUUCAACGUCUUCCGGGGUAGCCAAAUCAGUGAUUUCAUCGGCUGGAGGCAUAGCUGCUUUUUCGGGAGAAUUGAUCGAAGUCGCGCUUGUUCCAGACGAUGUACUGGGCUCCGCUUUCUCCUGGCUCGAUGCGGGAUUGGGUGAUGACAUAGCACGUCUGUAGAAAGGGAAGGUCAUUCAAGGCAGAAGUGAUCGCGAAGAAUAUAGUGCACGUUGGAAGCGAUCUGAUCUUGCGCGCGGCAGUGUAGCCUGCAGUUGCUGCGAGAGUCGCGAGGCCACAAAACACGAUAGGCAAACUCUCCACAACCGUCACUGGGAGCAUGAUAAGCAAAAUGUGGGGGUGGGGGGAGACUAGCAAAGUGAGAGGUCAAUAAGUCUGGGGAAUGUCUUAUAUGGAUGCAGCACGCUGCCUAAGCGUGAUUGCUCCGCCUCGAGGUCGUAGAUUGAGAUACACGAGGCAAACACACGGUUGCUGAGAGAUCAUCUGAGCGCCUCACCAAGGGCGGCGCGCUCCAAGGGAGUUCAGAUCGCGGCGUGGUGCUCAAGAGCGACAUCAUUAGCCUCGACCAUACACUCUUCAAUCCCUGCAGAGAGAUUCGCACCGAUGACAGAGGGAAGACAGAAUGAAGCGGCGACACGUCUUCCUUGACCUCUCAACCUUCUGUAACUCCGUGGACAGUGUUGCAAGGCGCGUCGACCCAGAGGAGCGGAGUUGAUCUUAUUCAUCGGUCCCCAGUUAUCCGUUCGUAGCCGCCCCGGAAUCUCUCUCGCCGUUGCGGAGAAUUGGAGAUAGCCGAGCAGAUUUCCGAUCACGUGUCAGAAGAAGUCUACGUGUACCUUCCCCUUUGGGGUAUAAAUCCGAGUCCUGUGUCUAUACCAAUCCUUCAUCUCCCUCCAUCACCAUGGUUUACUCGCAGCUUUUGCUGUCUCUCGUGUUGGCCCCCGCGUUUGCCUCGGCUGCCAUCUUCCCGAAGGAUACUGUGGUGAAGAUGCUCGAUGCCAAAUCCUUCAAACGCGCCAUGAAAGCCAACCAAACGAGCAUGGUCGCCUUCGUCGCUCCCUGGUGUGGUCACUGCCAACGUAUGGCUCCGGAGUAUAGCAAAGCUGCCCUGGGUUUGCACCCUCUUGUCCCCACGUAUGCUGUGGACUGUGACGAGGAGAAGAACAAGCGUCUCUGUGCGGAACAAGGUGUUAAGGGUUUCCCCACCGUGAAGGUCUUCCCUCGCGGAUCUGACGCUCCUCCUAUCACUUACGACUCUGGAGAGAGGACAGCAAGUGCUCUGUACUACUUUGCAUCCCGGCGCGUUCCAUCUGCCUUCAAAAAGCUGUAUCAGGUGGAAGAUCUGAAACCCUGGAUUGAGGAGACUGUCGGACAAACACGAACUCUUCUCUUGACCAAGGACAAGAAAGUCCCACUGUUGUGGAAGGUGCUUGCGAACCAAUACAAAGGCCAGCUUGAGUUUGGCACGCACCGCGAUCGCAAGGGAAAGGGAUCGGAGGCUCUGGGAUUCGAAGCUGGCGAGAAGAAAGAUUCAAAGGUCCUUGUCUACUCUGCCGGUUCAACAAAGCCUUUCCGAUACGAAGGGAUCAACAAGCUCGACUCUCUUUCCAAAUUCUUCGACUCGGUUAUCGACGGAUCCGCAGACCUGGCCGUGGCCAACGAAGAGGCCAAGGCUGAGGAGUACAAUCCCACAGAAGAAGAGCUGGAGAUCCAGCGCAAACAAGAGGCUCAAAGGAUCGCUCUCCUCCACGGAGGAUUUGCAAGCCUGGUUGAUUUUGAGAAAGCUGUCCUUUCCGGGGAUGCUGCAAACUACCACGAUAUCAAUGGCUUCGGUUCACCUCCCGCUGCCAAGAAAGAGACGCCACCCGAGACUGUUGCUGCUCCUGAGCCCACACCCGAGGCGCAAGUGGGCAAGGACGAGUCUGAGCUGUAGUGCAGACCAGAUCUGUGUACUUAUUCAUCGUCGCUCUAUUGUUAUUCAUAUGGGGGUCGUUCAUGAGAUUUGUCAUAUUUCGGUUUCUGAGCCGAUUGUGCGGAGAUCGCGUCGAAGUCUGGAGAACACUAGAGAAGUAUCCGUUGCGUAUUACACACCGAUUGUCAGCAGAGAGAUAAUUCGCACCAAAUAAACACCUAAUUUAGAUUUGCAAUACUUACACUUCCCUAGUUUCUACUACCGCGUCGCUGCUCUGCGAAAUCCCGAAUGGCGAAGAAAUCGGGAAAAGCAAAGAAACCGACCACGGUAGAUCCCGUGCCCCAGGCUAACGGAGAGGAAUCAAUGUCGUCAGCAAGUACCAGCACCCCUGCGGUCGAGGCGGAUCCUUCUCCAAUCUCUGCACCGGAAUCCGAGGAAGAAGGCGAUGUCCUCGUGCGGGCGGAGAAAAUGAAGGAGGAAGGGAAUGUGCAGUUCAAGGCGAAGAAGUACGAUGAAGCGGUCGCGCUGUACACCAAGGCUAUAGAGUUGAAUCCGAAUGAGCCUGCAUACCUUACGAACCGCGCUGCUGCGUACAUGGCCGUGAAAAAAUUCCGGGCUGCUUUGGAUGAUUGCCAGACUGCGGCUCAGAUCCAGGCAGCGGCACCUUCUGCGAAGACGCUUCUCCGGCUAGCCCGAUGUCAAUUUGCGCUCGGAUCGACAAUCCCUACGCUCUCUACAUUGAGGACAGUCCUCUCCCUGGAGCCCAAAAACGCUGCAGCACUACAACUGCAGAGCAAGAUCAAUGUACUUGAAGGUCACUUGAACACGUUCGAAGGAGCUCGAUCGAAGAAGGAUUGGGGGCUCGCACGAUUGGCGCUCGAUAAGUGCCUGCAGGGCAUCGAGAGUGAGGGUGGCGAAACACCUCUCGAAUGGCGUCUAUGGCGUGUGGAGCUGGAAUUAGCCCGUGGUAACUUCGACGCAGCCAAUAACGCGGCAAACGAUGCGUUGCGGAACAACUCGAGCUCGUGCGAGGUAUUGACCACACGGGCCCUCGUUCUUUUCCUAAGUGGGCGACUGCCCCAGGCCAUAAGCCAUGUGCAAUCCGCAUUGCGCAACGACCCUGGUUUCGAGCCUGCACAGAGGUUACGGAAGCGUGUGAAGGAGGUCGAACGGCUCAAAGAGGAAGGAAAUCAGGCUUUCAAGUCUGGUCGACUCGAAGAGGCUGUUCAGAAAUAUACUGAAACUCUUGAGCGUAUUGGUUCGGCUGAGGAGGAGGGAAAAGGCGGACAGAUCCGUGCAACUCUUUUGUCGAACCGGGCGACAGCGCUCGUGAAGCUCAGUCGAUACGAAGAGGCCCUCCAGGACACCACCACCUCACUGCAGCUUGCCCCGGCAUCUUUCAAAGCACUGCGCACUCGAGCUCGUAUCAAUCUGCACAUGGAACAGUACGAACAGUCGAUCGCGGACUUCCAAGAAGCCAUUCGCCAGGCGCAGAGCGAUGCCAACUCCAGUGAUGCCGAGGUCCGAGCACUUCGCUCAGAGCUGAAGAAGGCCGAGGCUGCUCUCAAGCGAAGCAAGACAAAAGAUUACUAUAAGAUCCUUGGAGUGGCAAGAGACUGUUCGGAGGCAGAGAUCCGGAAAGGCUACAGGCGCGAGAGCUUGAAACACCAUCCAGACAAGGUGAGGGGUUCUCCGUGUCUCUUUUCUUGGUCUCAAAGAUUGCCAUACGAAGGGUGGUGACGAGGAGAAGUUCAAGCUCGUUGUCGAGGCGAACGCGGUGUUGUCUGAUCCUCAACGUCGAGAACGUUACGAUAACGGAGACGACGAAGACGGCAUGAAUGAAUCCGGAAUGGGCGGCAUGGGUGGUAUGGGUGGUGUCGAUAUCAGUGAGCUUUUUGCCCAGUUCAAUGGCGGAGGCGGAGGCGGAUUCCACGGCGGCGGCUUCGGCGGCUUUCCUGGAGGGGGAGGUGGUUUCCGUUCUGCCGGCGGCUUUCCAGCAGGUGGUCGAGGCCAUUCCCAUGGCUUUGGCUUCUAGAAUGUUGUGUAUAUACCCAGCUUUCGCAGAUGUAUAUACUAGAUCUUCUUGCCCCCAUCUAUCUCAUCGAUCGGAUCAAAUUCGGAGCGUGUGCCGUGACACCUGCACGUGGGCAGUCAGGACCAAACUUUGGCCAAACGCCCAAACUUUCCUGUCGCGUCCACGACCCUGAUUCUUCACGCUCCUUGCUGAGAUGUUCAACCUCAUCCGCCGGAUUUCGAGCUCUGUGAUCCCGCGCCCGGACCGGCCCUGGGAGGACGAUGGUGAGUGUCCCUUUCAUUGCAUCUCCAACAAGCUCUUGUGAAUUACGCGUCUUUUCGAGGCGUUUCCUGGCCCUUGUCUCCACUUCAAUGCUCUGGUCUCUAAGGCAAAUACUGAAAUCAUCCUUAGCGACGUCGAACGCACCCCACGUUGGCAAGAAGCGGCGGAUGACGGACGACGAUCGUGACGACGACGACGAGCAAGCACGCCAGAAAAGAGCCAGAGCUAUAGCUCCGGACGCCGCCGAGGACGAGGCCCGCGGCAGCUCGGCCGCGCCUCAGUCCCAAGUUCCGGACACAUCCGACGUCAAAGAGGUCACGAAGGGUGUUAAAGAAGUAGAGUUGGAGGAUAAACCGGCACCAGAGAGCGUGCCGCUCCCUGAUGAGGAGGAGACCGGUGAACUGGAGCCAGAACUGGAUUCAAAGGCGGAGGAGGAAGCCUCCCCCAGAUCGGCAGCACGGCCUGAGACCGCCGCUGCUGAAGGCGAAUCAGUACCCCAAGAUGAUCCGAAACUCGAGACCACCGCGCCUGAGGACGUCGCGCAAACUGCUGUCGUGGACAUUGCCACUGAAGAGCCGGAGCAUCCAGUUGGUGAUGCUCCUUCCACGAAUGGCUUGAACGAAAUCGAAGCCAAAGAUGAGACGACAAUAGCCGAAGCAGAAUCAACCAUCGCUCAAAAGCCGACGGCCGUCACGACAAGCGACGACGAUGAAUGAAUCUGGCAGUGAUAUCUGGCAUGGUUCUACACGAUUUACCCCUACCAUUAUUAUCUUUUUGCUUUUGUACGCCCCUCUGAGGAGAGACGUUGUAUCUCCCUGCUUUGUUUCUUGCUUACUCGAUCACUGGUACCCAAUUUGUACACAUAGGAUGCGGACGGCUAAUGCGCAAGUCUCCUUGUUCUUCGACAUGAACUAGGCUUGGGACUGGGCUUUUGAACGAACAAAGAAGCUUCCAGAGAUACGAAAUGCUAUCAGACUUGUGAUCGAAAAAGUCGACCAUCCGUUGAAAGCCGUCUGCACCAUUUGCAGAGCUGUUCCACAGGAGAGCAGCCUCGCAGACGAACCUCUUUGAGCUCCAAGACCCGAGGUAGAGGUCGUCCUUGGAGCGUUUCUCAGAGAACAAUCAUGCAGAGAAGCUCUAGGCUUGAACAGUAGGAAAGAUGUCAUUGGGAGUAUGAGAAAUAUGCAGCGAA